GAAAAAUGAAUGAUCAUAUAUGAAUGAGAUAGCAAGUUGAUAAGCAGAGCUAAAGUGAGAGAAAACAAUGGAUUCAAUCCUUUCUUCUACAACCUUCCAACUGAGAAAAUCCUUUCUCUGCUGCAAACACCACCUUCCUCAAUUUUCACCCUUCAAAAUCAGCAUCAAUGCGCCGAAGAAAUCAAACAAUUGUGCGCAGAAGAGACAAUUUUGCCCUCCAACAAUUCGAAUAAUUGCAAGUUCACAGGCGGCUGCGCCUUCCGCGGAAGCCGCGACGAGUUCUUACUCCAUACCGUCGGAAAUGAAGGCUUGGACUUACAGCGAGUACGGCGGCGUUGAGGUGUUGAAGCUCGAGUCAAAUGUUGCUGUGCCGCCGCUGCAGGCGGACCAGGUUCUGAUUAAAGUCGCUGCCGCCGCUCUUAACCCCGUCGAUUUCAAGAGGAGAUUCGGGAAAUUCAAGGCCACCGAUUCCCCCCUUCCAACAGUACCGGGGUACGAUGUUGCCGGAGUUGUGGUCAAGGUCGGGAGUGAGGUAAAGGGCUUCAAGGAAGGAGAUGAAGUAUACGGAGAUAUAAGUGAGAAAGCAUUGGAUGGUCCUAAACAAUUUGGUUCGUUAGCUGAGUACACAGCUGUCGAGGAGAAGUUAUUGGCUCUCAAGCCCAGUAAUCUUGAUUUCGCUCAGGCGGCGGGCUUACCUCUUGCAAUCGAGACUGCCUAUGAAGGUCUAGAAAAGUCGGGAUUUUCCGAGGGGAAAUCUAUUCUUGUUCUUGGUGGAGCUGGUGGCGUUGGCUCUCUCGUCAUUCAGCUCGCGAAACAAGUGUUUGGUGCAUCGAAGGUAGCUGCUACAUCCAGCACUUCCAAGUUAGAAUUUCUAAAAAGUUUGGGAGCUGAUUUGGCUAUCGACUACACCAAGGACAACUUCGAAGACCUACCCGAGAAAUUUGAUGUCGUUUACGAUACAGUUGGGCAGUGCGAUAGGGCGGUGAAGGUGGUGAAAGAAGGCGGCAGCGUGGUGGUGCUAACGGGUGCAGUGACACCGCCUGGUUUUAGAUUUGUGGUCACUUCGAACGGAGAAACUUUGAAGAAGCUUAAUCCGUAUUUGGAGAGUGGCAAAGUGAAGGCAGUUGUCGAUCCGAAGGGGCCGUUUGGUUUCGACAAAGUUGAGGAAGCUUUCUCGUAUUUGGAGACGAACCGUGCCGUUGGAAAGGUUGUUGUUUAUCCUAUUCCUUGAUUAGAAACCAAAGCUAAGGAUAAUUUGGAAAUGUAGUAAAAAUAAAACAAAUAAAUAAAUAAUUGGAAAAAUCACUUGAUCAUUAGAACAAGAAAAGCCAAUUUAUUUAGAAGGCACACUCAUUUAGAAA